UUUUGGCGCAGUUCAAUUGAUUUAUAAAAAGAUGUGCGGUAUUACAAUCGCUUUCAAACCUUCUCCACCGGUCACUUAUGAAACCUCUGGCUUCUUCUGUGGCAAGGUGGAGCCGAAAACCAAGCACUGGACUCCAAAAUCAGCAACAGAAGUGAAAUGUGUGCUCGAGGGAUUGCCUCCUGAACACCUGAAUUCCCGAAAACUGAGGGUUCAAGCCUACAAGGGCUCGUGCGGCAAGUUCCUUCUCUGCGACUUUGAGUUUGAGACCAACUCACCGUUCAAAACAGACAUCGUGCCUUUCGAUCCGAUGCCAGGAAACAGAACCAAUACUUGUUUGGUUUUCACUUUCGACUUGGACAAAGGCGUUGCUUCCAACAUCAGACUCCGCGAGGCUGAAUGCACCGAGAGCUCGGCUUUUAUCUGCGUCCAAAGGGAUUUUUGAGUUUUCAUGAUUGCUUAGUAAAGAUUUAAAAUUAGGAACAAUUUGUUUUGAAUUGAGGAAUGAUUCAAAAUUGAAAAUUCGUGGUUUCACAUUUUGAUUUAAAUUGUCUCCAAGAAUAAUUCAAUA